AAAGCGCCCCGCUCAUCUGCUCCGUCAGGUAGCCUCGCCUCGCCUUGUUCGGCGGCAGACCUCUUUAAAACUGCAUUUCGUUUCUUCUCCGGCGAAGAGUUUGCCACUUUAACGGAACUCCGUCGCGUUGUGAGUGAGCGCUGGUGCCGUGCCGUGGUAGUUUUCAACGUCCUGAGAUGUUCAGCCCCGGCGGAGUUUGGCUGUCGCCGCCUGUCGCCGCCAGUAUAGGCCCGCAGGGCGAUUGAACUGUGGAUUGAUCCGUCGCAACGUAGUUAUGUCGUCGUGCAGUGCUAAGACUUUCAUGGCCCUGUAAAGGAUUUCAGGUGUGAUAGGCCAAUACUGCUAGGCUACGUGUGCUGUUUCCCGUUUUAACGUUUUCAGGAGCGCUGGAUGAGAAGCAAGAAGUAGUUGAAAUCGCUGUCCGAAUGGGCUCCACAGAUCACCGCCAGGGCCUAGCGCGCGUUCAUUGCCUGGGCUAUGCCACAACUCUGGAGCUGGCCCCUCAGCCAUCCACAUCCCUAGAGGAGCAGGAGAGGACCCCGGGGGCCCGGGAGCUUCGGCCCAACACGAUGGCCGCACAAGCCUGUUCGGGUGGGGAGCUGCCCCUGGAGGAGCUGCUGGCCCUCUACGGCUACGACAUGUCCCGCCGCAUGCUGCAGCAGCCGCAGGCCAGCCAGAUAGCCACCACGCUGCCUGAAACCACUGUGGACAAGAUCGCCAAGGAUCUGUUCUCCGGAGAGGAGGACGAGGACACGCGGUCUUCAGCCGAUGACCUCGCGGCGUCGGUCACCUCCCGUGCUGCUGAUCUCGUGCGGUGCCAUAUAAAAGCAGUAUUCCAUUUGUCUGAGCAUCCUGUCAUGUCGGUGUCCACUCAAGGCCUUCCGGGUGAAGACAAGGACGCAGCAGUCAGCUCCUCGGAUGAGGAUUCAGACGGCACGUCCGGCCCCUCCAAUGACGGACGCAAGGACAUCAUGGUGGGCCCCCAGUACCAGGUCAACAUUCCCUCGCUCAGCUCCGCCACGCGCUAUGAAAGAGCCUACGAGAGCGAGGACCAGUUGCUAUGGACACCGGGCAUGCUGUCCGCCCCAACUGUGGAGGAGUUCUUGCUGCAGGUGCAGAGAUGCAUGGGCCAGGCCGGGGACGUGGACGCCCUCACCUCAGGAGACCUGGUCAAGGACAACGAGCAGGCCCUCUAUGAGCUGGUGAAAUGCAACUUCAACACGGACGAGGCUCUGAGGAGACUGUGCUUCAACGUGAAGGUGUUCAGCGAGGAGCUUUGUGCUUGGAGUGAGGAAGAGUGUCGAAACUUUGAACACGGCUACCGUGUCCAUGGAAAGAAUUUUCACCUCAUACAGGCCAACAAGGUGCGCACACGCUCUGUGGGCGAGUGUGUGCAGUACUACUACAUGUGGAAGAAGUCGGAGCGGCACGAGUAUUUUACGCAGCAGGCUACCAAGCUGGGCCGACGGAAGUACCCUCUCCAGUCAGGAACCAUGGAGGACGGAGAUGCAGACAUAGAGCAUGGCGAAGUGGACAGCCCGAGCUUGCAACUUCGCCCACCCUCACCACCGGCUGUCCUGCAGGCGGAGCAGCAAGGUGCCGAGCUGGAGAUCAGGGAGCGGGAGUUGUGUGCAGAGCCUCCCUCCAGCCUGCAGAGGGAGCCGUCGCAAAGCUUUUUUCUCCCCCAGAGGCCGGUGGCGGACCGUCUCGGCCCGGCCAGCGUUGCGGCUCUCCCGCGCGGCCGCCCCUACGCCUCCACUCCCCUCCACCAGCGAGACCCAGACGUUCUGGGCUCUGGCCUCCACCACCUCCAGCUGGGCUCUUCCGUCGGACACGGCGCGCCCAGCAGAUCCUCCGGGCCACGCCCAACUGACCUCUUUUUCCCCCAGAGCCCCACCCCGCCUCCUGCCAUCGCCCCGCCCACCGCCGUCCCAGACUUUGGCGGCGUGCUGUACCGCUGUCCCGGCCCUAUCCGGCAGCCACGCCCCCUCACGCAGUGACGGCAGGCAUGCCGAUCGUUCUGGAAAACAUUCCGUGUCUAAGCUGGAGACGCUCCCCCCUCUGCUGUUGGCGUGGGACCUAGGUUUUAUUUUUACCUAAUCUUGACUUUUUUUUUUUUUUUUUUUUUUUUUUGCCAAAGCACGGCAUCACAACGCCUUUCAGGUGGACCAGGUAUAAGCUGCAGCAGCAGUGUUCCGGAGAAGAAGAAUAUUUAUAUCAAAGAGCUCUUCUUAGGUACACGUGUGAACGCCUUGGUUUUUGAGGGUAAUCCUGGUGUCGGUUUUUUCUCUCGCACCCUGUCGGUUGGUUCUCUUGUUUGUAAACGGGCGGUGUCGUUCAGGUCGUGGCGAGAUGAUGUCAGCUCCCGGCCCUGGCGUUCUCCAGCGAGCAGCUUUUACAGCUGGCCUCGUCACCCGUGACUUCCCCGGGAGAGUUUUCAGCUUCUGCGUGGCGAAACAUGUCAGCUGGCUUUGCUUUCUGGUUUUCGCCGUUUACUGAGCGGUUAAAAAAAAGAAAAGAAAACACAGCUUGGAAGGCUUAGGCGUCUGUUUGGCAGGUUUACUGGGGAUGUUGAAUCUCAAUAGCAGUAGGUAGUAGCUUUAUUACCAUUCAGACUGUCCAUUAUGUCCCAGUGAACGUGACCCGAAAGGGCCGGAGCCUCAGACUAGUUUGUGUGAACCAGUCACGGUCAGCAGGAACAGAGGCCUUAUCCUUUGGCUCUGCACAGGUGCAGUUUACUGACCAAUCAGAAGCCAGUGUUGAUCCAUGUUUGCCAUGUUUGUUUGAUUUUUUUUUAAAGGAAGCAAGAGAUAGCAGCCCUAGCAGGGUGGUGUGCAUUUCCUGGUUAUUUUUUCCUACUAGAAAUACCUAAACGAGCAACUCAGUCUGAAUGAACACAUCCGUGUGUUUGAUUUUAAAUCUUGUAGUGGACAGAUCUGAUGUGAACUCUUAGAGGACAUGCAUGCAGAAAGCUGCUGUUUGCUCACUCUGUGUCUUUAGUUCAGAUUCAGGGACUGAACAUAAGUGACUGCAGCCUGUAACAACAGAGGCCCGAUCAUCAUUUUAGAGGAUUCAGAGGGGCCCUAAAUUGCUUGUUAUAAUUAUUAAUUAUGAAUAGGAUAUGAAACACUGAGAAGUGCUGGUUAUUUUAAUAUAUAUAUAUAUAUAUAUAUAUAUAUAUCUGUCAUUUCUUGGGGGGUCAUUUUAACAAGCAUACAGGGCAUUUUUUUAUUCUCCUUAUCAGAGCUGUAGGCCUGUAUUUGAAUGAUGGGCUGUUUGGGUGAGUCCAGAUGGAGUUAGCAGUAUGUUUCCUUCUGGCAGUCAUCAGUUCACUGCUAUCAGAAAGCUGGCAAAGGAAAAUAAGGUUUGCAAGUAAAGAGGACCGACCGCUGAGUGGUGGUGGGAAGCUCAGUAAGGUUUGAACGGUGUCACUUCAGUGUUAACAGAAUGGCAACAGUUGUUGGAUUAGGUCAAAGUAUUUGCUAUGAACCCCAAUUUAUUCUUCAAAGGAGCACACUUUGCCCAGCUUUGCUGCUGGAAGCCCAGGGUCCAGCACGGCUGGGUUAUUUCCCUGCUCAAGCACACCUGACGUACCUCAUCUGGUUUAGCCAGUAUGUCAGAGUCGGAGAAUCACCAAACCACGGUGGACCCUGGGCCCCAAGACCGCAGCCAGUUACACUUCUGCUACGAUUUGAUUUCUGCAUCACAACAAGCUACAAUUAAGUUGGUUAGUAACUGGAAAUUCUGGUUAUUCAGUGAGUUUCUCAAAAUCAAAUCUCAAAGCUAACCAAUUGCAGUUUAAUGAUAAAGUUGAGGCUUCAUGAAUGUACACUUCUGUGAGGUGUUUGAAAGUGGACCUCUUAGUAAAUGUCUGUUUUUCCAAAGUUCUUAAUCAUAACAUCUUUCCUUUGCAUAUAGGCCUUAUGUUGUGGGGG